AUUUCUGUAGAGCGCGUUUUCGUAAGCAUGAAUCCGGAGAGGGUUGCACUGCUUAAGCAAUUUGUUGAGUUACUGAAAGAGAAACCUGAAAUCCUUGACACCCCUGAACUGUCGUUCUUCAAAGACUGGCUUAAAAGGUAUAUUUCUGGUUUUGUUCACUGGCAAACAGUCUUGGGGCUAACGUUCCUGUUUCACAACCUAACCGACCUGCUGAAAAUUCAUUUUCAGACGACUCUGGUGCAGAUGAGACCUCAGAAUCUGAAAUAGGUAGGUGUUGACGGUAAUUACUACCACUUUUCAGAGUUUGAUGAUGAGGUGUUGCCGAAGGAACCUGUCCUGGACCUAGAUAUGGGUGACGAUUCGGUAGAAGUAACUGAUGAAAUGAGAGAAAAAGCUGAAGAAAAGAAAUGUGAAGCAAUGGCUAAAAUGUCUGAUGGGGACUUUACUGGGGCUGUUGAUUUGUUCACAGAAGCAAUUAAACUAAACCCUCAGUCCUCGCUAUUUCAUGCUCGACGUGCGAGUUGCUUUGUACGAAUGAAAAAGCCGUCCCAUGCUAUUGCAGAUUGCGACAAAGCUAUUUCGUUAAACCCUGAUUCUGCACAACCUUACAAAUGGAGAGGAUUUGCUAAUAAAAUGAUUGGUAAUUGGGAAGCCGCCUAUCGGGAUCUACAGACAUCUUUGAAGUUAGAUUACUCAGAUGAUGCCAAUGAAGCGAUAAAGGAAAUCGAACCAAAGCACAAACGAAUCUUCGAACAUAACAUGAAGUAUGAGCGUAAACGACAAGAAAAGCUAGAACAAGAAAGACGCGAACGAAUUCGAAAGGCACGAGAGGAACGUGAACGCGCCCAGAGAGAUACAGAAAAACCCGAUUUUGACAUUCCAGAAAGCGGUAACAUUCCAGGCAUGGACAAUAUGUUUUCACAACUGUUCAAUGAUCCAGAAUUGAUGUCUGCUAUUCAGGACCCGGAAGUGAUGAAGGCAUUCAGCGAAGUAUGCUCAAACCCAGCUGCCAUGGAUAAGUACAAAAAUAACCCCAAAGUAAUGAAGGUCAUUGAGAAAAUGAAGAAUAGAUUUGGUGGUGGUGGUGGUGCUAUGCCCGGAGGUAUGCCUUUCGGAAUGGGUGGAGCCGGGUUCAAAAUGCCUAACCAGUCAUGUCCAGAUCUAGACUAGGUAAAGAAACAUUGAUCUCAGUCAUCUGGUGAUUCCAUUUAAAUACAUUUAAUCCCUUGACAUUUUCGUACAUAUGAAUAAAAGCUUCCAGACUGU